GAAAACUCGCACUGAGAGCUCAAUUGAAAGACUAUGUCCGCCAUCGGGCGUCCACAGUCCUCGGUGUCCUUAUUUAAACCAAAUUCUCCAUGAAAUAGCAUUAUCCCGUGGCCUUAACAAUGGCCAGUUCGGGUGCCGUUCAGGUGAAACUGGAACUCGGUCAUCGUGCCCAGGUCCGAAAGAAACCCACUGUGGAAGGUUUUACGCACGACUGGAUGGUGUUUGUUCGCGGACCCGAACACAGCAACAUUCAGCACUUUGUGGAGAAAGUCGUGUUUCAUCUACACGAAAGUUUCCCAAGACCAAAAAGAGUGUGUAAGGAUCCACCGUAUAAAGUAGAAGAGUCUGGAUACGCCGGCUUCAUCUUGCCGAUUGAAGUUUACUUUAAAAACAAGGAAGAACCAAAAAAGGUGCGCUUUGACUACGAUUUGUUCCUGCACUUGGAGGGCCACCCACCUGUCAAUCACCUGCGUUGUGAAAAGCUCACAUUCAACAACCCUACUGAAGAGUUCUGCAAGAAGCUGCUCAAGGCCGGAGGGCAACGUGAUCCUCACAAAAGAACUUCAGAGGACUCUAAAGUAAUGGUAAUGCAGGAGGGCUCCACUUCUCUGUUCGGUCAGCAUCUCAAGCUGCCCACAUUACCCAGCAGCUCAUUAACAUUGACCUUCUCUGAUGUGAAAAAGAGCAAGUCCUUCCCAGGGUCAAAGGAUGGGUCCAAAAACAGCAGUGCUCUUACUACCACAAACAAUAUCAGCAGCAGCUCCCUAAAGCUCCACAAACCGUCCAAGGAGCACAAGGACAAGCCUUCCAAAGACUCAAUAGAGUCCAAAAGUGCCUUCAGAGAUUUCAGCAAGGACUCUGGAAAACUCUCUAAAGAUUCUAAGAAACCCAAAGAGAAUCAGCCUCUUCAGGAAGAUCACCCUGUUCCUCAGAUGGGAUUCAAGGAACCCAAGGCCUCGUCAAAGGAGCAGAGGUCAUCAGAGGUCAGCUUCUCAAACUUGGGACAUAGUAAACGGCGGCCUGUGUUGGACAGUGAAAGCCAUGUUACCAAAAAACGGAAAAUCAGUUUUUCAGAGAGCUCGCAAAAGCUACAUGCUUGUCCCUCCUCGCUCCAGCAACACCAUUCAGAUAAAAAGGUUCUGAAGGACAAGUCGCAAAUCCGACAUAGUAAGUUACAAAGUAGUGAACUUUCAGAGAAGAGGAAACCAGCAUCAUUACCUCCCUUUCAGGAUGUGUUGGACCAAAACGACUCAGACAUGGAGGACAGCAUGUUCACCAGAUCAGAUUCGGAUCAACCCAGUCCGGCCAGCUCCAGUUCCAGUUCAAGCUCAGGCUUUGGACGCACACACAAACGGCAAGUGCUGGGUCCUUUACGGACGGUAAUCCCAGAUUUGCACUCGGAUGAAAAUGAAGAGGAAUCGGAGGAGGAGGAUGAUAAUGACAUGGACUCAGACUUGGAACGACCGUUACACACGCAAAUGACACAUCGCCACCGCAGGGUGAGUUUAAGUGAUGGCAGCGACAGUGAAAACAGUUCUGCCUCUUCACCACUUUCCCAUAAUGACCCUCCAACUCUGCUGAAAGCAGCUAAUAACCAGAUACUAGAAGUAAAGAGUCCCAUUAAACAGGCAAAGGUGGACAAAAAUAAAAAUAUUGAUUGUGACAAGGCAUACCUGGAUGAGCUAGUAGAGCUUCACAGGAGACUAAUGGCACUACGGGAGAGGCACAUAUUACAGCAGAUUGUGAACCUCAUUGAAGAAACGGGACACUUUCACAUCACAAACACAACGUUUGACUUUGAUCUCUGCUCUCUGGACAAAACCACAGUUCGGAAGCUGCAAAGCUACCUGGCAACUUCUGGAUCAUCUUGAAGACUUGUGCAGCUGGCUGCCAUGAGGAGGACUAUCAGACCUCCUUUUUGUUUUUCUCUUGCAUAAAAACGUAUAAGGCAAUGGAAAAAGUUAUUUCAUCCAAGAACUCCUCCGACCUCGCUGUAUGCCUCAGAAUUUGACAAAAGAUGAUGACUUGUGUCUAGAGGUUCUUAUGGUCCACACAGACUUCACCCAAAACGCCUUGAUAAUUCAACAUUGCCACAAAAAAAACAAAAAAAUUACAAUUGUGUAUAUUGUUAUUAUGUAUGAAUGUUUGAUAGGUUCUUUGUGACGAAUGCAUGAUUCAACACUGCCUUACCACGUUGUCUAUUUAUUGAGUAUGAGUUUCAAGUGUGUGUGUGUGUGUGUGUGUGUGUGUGUGUGUGUGUGUGUUAGAGCAAAUGAUAUUAAACUUGUCCAAGCACUUGGGAACAAUCAUCUCAUUGGCAUGGUAUGGUAAUAGAACAUCAGAACUUUGGGUCACCAGUUUUUCUCUUAACUCUAAAUGUGAAAAAAAUCACUGUUUUUAUUGAUCAGAUUUUGGCACUGUUGAAAAAUAUUAUUUUUCAUCAUUAUUGUUGUUCAUCAUGAAAAAUUAAUGGUUGCAGAACAAGCUGUACUUUGAUGUGAAUCUUGAGGACUUUCAGCCCUAUUAUUCAAUGGUUUGCAGAUUGUCAGCAAAUUAUUUCUAGUUCGUGUCAACAGUGAAAUGUUGAGAUGUCAAUAAGUAAUGGUAUUAUGAAAAAGAAGGCAGGAUACAUCUUGAAGAAAAACCAGGGACAUCUAAUCCAAAUGUUUGACUUAAAAAUAAUUUUAUUAGAAAAGUGUAUUGUUGAAUAUUCAAUGUUAUUUAUUUUUGUCUGGGGAUCACAAAUCCCAAGACUGUUCAUUGGUUUUCCCCAAACCAACGGGAACAAGCCAAGUUCACACUCUUUCGUUGUAGCUUGAUAGUUCUUUGUUAAACUGAGGAAAUCAAAAGUAUCGACAUUUACUUUUUAGGUCCAUUGAUUGAUGUUUUUUGUUUCUUCUCAUUUUUUUCUUUUUAAAUAAUUGAGUUAACUAAGGCCAAUGUGAGCAGAUGUGCAGUUGAGCUGUAGCCCACAAACUCUGCAUAGAGCAAGAGCAAUAUCUUUCAAUUUCAUUAUAUUUAUAAUGUUGAAUCAGAUUAGCUAGUCUGUUGAGCAUUUAGAUAUUUUGGGAGACCUGAUGCUGGUGGGGGGAAUGAGAGGGCAGACUGAAUAAUUGACACUGUGUGUAGUGAAUACAUUUUUCCGGAAAAAAAUCAUGUUUGGGAUUUUGUUUUUAUUGUUUUUCUGAAUGAAAUCAUGCCUUGUACACUUCAUUCUUGUUUAUUUCACAGAUUAGGUUUCUCAGCCCAAAGAGUUUUUAGAUUAGCUAUCAUUAUAUAACGUUUAUAUUUGUAUAUAAACUUUAUAUGUGAUAAAUCGUUAUCUUACCUUUUGUGGAAGGCAAUGACUUGCUUCCAAUUGAACUUUCUUGAUCAUAAUAUCAAUUCAAAAUUGAUUUGAUGUUGAUGUGUAGUUACUGACGACUGAAUAUUUUAUCCAUGCAAUUAAAUUUACAGGAAAAAAAUGAUUGCUUUUGUUAAUGGACCUAACUAGCUGGUGAGAAUAGUCACAAGAAUCUAUACUAAAUCAAAAGAUUUUCAUCCAGGUAUAUUGGAUAACAUGUUUGUAACUUGUGUAAAAAAAAAAAAAACAGUGACUAUUUGCACUGGUUGUAAAUAGCAUCUUCCACACAGCGUGGCAAUUUGCACUCAAAUAGUCUGGUGUAAACAGUGAAAUUAAAAACACACUGCACCUCCAAGUGUUGCUUCAAUGGUGUGGUGUGUAAAGAUGCCAUGGAUGUGCUUUUCUUGGACAACUCUCUAUGGCCCCACUUUUUCCCAUCCUGUUUUUGGUCUCCACUCAUGAUAUUUCCUUUUAUACUACUUAUAAAACUAAUGAUAUAGAAAAUAGUAUAGAGGUUGAUUUCCUCGCAGUGAUUUGGUCACUGUCAAAGAUGGGAAACCACCCUGGUCUCCUGGUCCACGCUGAGAGAAAAGUUUGAUCCAGGUAAUAUUAACCAUGGAUUUACUAUAGUAAUAUGUAACCAUGUUUUUGGUGGAAGUCAUAGUUUUAAUGUAAAUUUUUCCAUUUAGGGUUAUUGCUCUUGUCUUGUGUUUUAUAAUUCAUGUAUUUUUUUUUUCCGUUGUCUUUGUUUAUUGGUCCCUGUGAUUAUUAGUUCCAGGUGUUCCUCGUUUUCUCAUUUGCCCCUUGUGUAUAUAUUCCUUGGUUUUCCUGUGUUCUUUGUCAGCUGUUUUCCUUUCCAAGCUGUAGUGUUUGUAUUCUUGUUUAUUUUUAUUCCUUGUCCCCAGUGCUUCUUGUUUUCGGUUGUGUUUCUAGUUUCUUUAUUAAAAGGCUGCACUU